GCCAAAUAAUAGUGCUGAGUAAUAAAAUGGCGACUUCCAUAGUAAAGCCAUUUGAUGUGUGGCUGACAGAAACGCUUAAGUCAGCAAGCUCAGAUUUGGACACAGAUGUCUUUGUCAGUUAUAUUAUAGGAGUUCUAGACACAGAGUCCAAUGAUGAAGAGAGAGAAGAGGGAAUUAAAGAACUUUUGGCCAGUGUCGUUGAUCCUGACUUGGCUGCUGAGCUGUAUGCCUCCAUUGUCCAGCAGUGGGAAAUAGAAAAUAAAGACAAGAAAAUAGUUGCUCCCAAAGAAGAUUUAGGAGAUCGUUUAUCUGCUAUGUUUGAAAAACAGACUCUCGCUACAGUGCAAGAAAAGAAGCUAACAAAAGAGGAAGCAGACAGAAAGGCUGCCAUAUUGGCCCAGUAUGGUCAAGUUUCAGAUGGGGAAGAAACAGAUCCUGAUGAUCAAAGUGAAGAAGAGGAGCAUCCUGUUUCCAAAUCAUCUUCUGGUGGUGCUGGCAAGUUAGAUUCUUCUGACUUUCUGGUCAGAAAUGUCAACAAAGAAGAGGUGCAGCGAGUCGAGCGUGAGAAACGAGAGAAGGCAAAAGAAGAUCAAGAGAAGAAGAAGGAGAAGGACAAGCAGGACAGACAAGCCCAGAAACAGAAGCAACAGGAGAGAAAAGAAGCAGAGAAGAAGAGAACGUCCAAGGGAGAAAAGAGGAGAUAGCAUCUCCGGCGCUGGGUUUAGUUGUAUAAUACGAAAAAAAACUUACAUAAUUUAUUUAAACCAUUGUCCUUCAAGUGCGGUAACUUUGUGUCUUUUACAUCAAAAGAAUUUUUUUUUUUUUUUAGGGUGGAAGGUGUCGCUGGAGGAGGGGAAAGGGAGUUGUUGUUUUUUUUAAGCAAUGGGUUUAACUCUUUUUUAUUGUUGUGUGCUUAUGGCCCGGCUUGAAAAAGAGAUACAAAAAGAUGUAUCGGCAGAAGUGUUCUGUGAAUGAGUUCUUUAUUUUUACUCAGUGGUGCUUUUUUUUUUUUUUUUUCCCUUUGACUCCACAAGAGGAGCUAAUUAUUAUUAUUUUAGGGCAUCAACAGCAUUCAUAAUAAGAACAAAUGCUGUUUGAAUGAACUGAAUGACUAUUAUGAACGCUGGACACGUUAUACUUCUAUCAGUUUUAGUUGUAGUCAAAUGAACCAUUGUUCUAGAAAGUCAUACCGGCAACGUUUCCUUUGGUUACAUUAACGAAAUUUUUAACUACUGGUACUUUUUUUUAAAUCUCCAUUUUUCUACGCUUUCUUCCUGUCUCUCAGUAUAUUCCCUCUGACCCUCUUUCUGCUGUCCACCCACCAUCCCACUAAUACAAGGCAUUAAUUUCUUGAGGACAGUCAAAUCGGAUGUUUGGUCUUAUCUCCUGUUCCACAUCAGCUCAGGCUAAUAAAUUAUGUCCUGGCGAUGGUGAUGCAUCACCUUGUUAAAGGCAUGAGUUCAGUCGCCAGCACUGAGUUUUGUGUGUUUGAAAUGAAACAUUUUCCUCACUUAACGAUUGUAUCGAUUGUAUCGGUGUCCUCAACAAGAUGCAAUGUCUUUCAUGUGUUUUCUCUGUUAAACAAACGUAGUCAAGCUGUGCCAGACCUGUAUUCAACCUUGGGUUACAGGGCAUUGAUGAGAAUUAUUACUGGUACUUUUUACUUCAUGUCUAAACACCAUCAAGAACAGAUUAACAUGGUGAUUUUUUUUUGUUAUAGUUGCUAUGCAAAUUUAAAAAAUGUGAAUAUUUUACCUGCAUUAUAAUAAAAUUAUUACUUUUUCUACUAAUUAAUUUUAUAAACCUAAUCAUCGUUCUCUAUUAAUUUAUUUUAUAAAUCCCUCUACUAGUUAAUCAUACACCGGUAACUUUCACUUUUGGUUAAUCAUGACUUUGUUAGUUAAUCCUACUCUUGAUCUUAUAAAGUAGUUAAUCCUACAAUGAUCUGUUCUCUCUUAUGUUAUUUUACCAGAUUAUUUGAUAGUGUUUUUUUUUCCUUUACAUUCACUCUCGUAGUUCUGGAGAGUUCUCACUUGUGCUAGUCAGUUGUAGCCUAGUUGUCGCACUACUAGACCGUUAUCAUACGGAAGCACUUUAAUCACAUGGCUAGGGAUGAAUGGUUUCAAAGCAGUUAUAGAGGAGCGUGUGAGCCUGAUUUAUACAUGUGUUUUUUUUAUGAAGCUUGAAACGUGCACUUUAAGAGUGUGCACACUUGAUGAAUGGUGUGAAAUAACAUGUUUGGAUGAUCUACUUGUGUUUUUUUUUAAUUGUGCAUAAAACCCAAAAACCUAGACAGUUUUUAUUUUUUUAAAGUUUUGUAUAGAUUCAUUAAUUCAAUAGGAUGAAUAUUAAUUAUUAUCUACGGCUAAAAUAGUUGUUUGAUGUUUGUACUAUCAUCUACUUUGUAAUGUCUUGAAAACUUGGAAUCUUAUGUUACUAAUGAUAUUUUUACUAUGUGGUGUCGACUCAUCACAAUGUCUACAAUGUGAAUCUAGAUAUAGAUUGAUCAAAAUACUCUUAAAAGGUGACAAGCAUUCGCAUAAUUAUCUUAAUUAUGGUUUUAAAUGCUAGCUUAAAUCAUUCAUUGGAAUAAAAAAAAAAAUUAAUUAGUGAAACAGAUUUAUGAUAAAAACCUGUUUGCCUGACAUGUGACUGCUAUGGUGUUUUUUUUUUUUUAAUUCAAAUAAACAAUUUUGAAGUCACAAUG